AGAUUGGAUGCAUGUUGUUCUUGACUUGUUAUCAGACACUAUCGAAUCUCAUGUAUGCUAAAAUGUCAAAAAAGUUCAUAUUUUGCGGGCAUCCCAUUCAACGAUCAAUUCAUCUUCAUUUCUCCAGGCUACAUCAUCACCCAUCUUCCUACUCUCUAUUUGAAGGUUGCAAAUCCAUGGACCAUCUCAGACAAAUUCACGCAUUUUAUAUCCGUAAAUGGCUUUCCAUUGACCAUGUCGUCUGCUCCAAGAUGGUCGCUUUCUGUUGCGCCCAUGAUUCUGGGGAUAUGAAGUAUGCCCGCAAAGUGUUCGGAGAAAUUCCCGAACCAAAUGUAGUUCUUUGGAAUACGAUGAUCAGGGGAUAUUCACGAGUGGGGAGUCCUGGAAAGGCAGUGUCUUUGUAUUUGGAGAUGUUGAGGAGCAAUGUGAAGCCGGAUAAUUACACAUUCCCUUUCUUGUUUAAGGGGUUUAAGCCUGAAACUGCAUUGGCAGUGGGAAAAGGAUUGCAUGCCCAUGUGUGGAAAUUUGGCUUCAAAUCCAAUGAAUUUGUUAACCGUUCUCUGAUACACAUUUAUUUCAUGUGCAGGGAAGUUCAUAUGGCCUGCGGCAUAUUUGAUCAGAGUGCUAAAACUGACGUGCUUAUCUGGAACAUGAUGAUCUCUGGGCUCAACAAGUGCAAAAGGUUUAGGGAAUCUAAGAAAUUGUUUUUUGAAAUGGAGGAGAAGGGAAUAGUGCCCACUGUGGUCACUCUGGUUUCAUCACUAUCUGCUUUCUCGGAGUUGAGCGACUUAGAUUCCGGGCAACGUGUACACCAGUAUGUAAAAGACUGUAAAGUUGAAUCAACUUUAAUUCUUGAUAAUGCUUUGAUGGAUAUGUAUGCAUGCUGUGGGGAGAUAGAUUCUGCUCUUGAGAUAUUCCACGGAAUGAAGCAGAGAGAUGUUAUAUCAUGGACUUCAAUCAUCAAGGGGUUUAUCAGUUCAGCUCAGAUGGAUUCAGCUAGAACCUAUUUUGACAAUAUGCCAGAGAGGGACUCUGUUUCUUGGACAGCAAUGAUCGACGGGUACGCCAAAGAAAACCGGUUUAAGGAUGUGUUGGCUCUUUUCCAUGAAAUGCUAGCUGAAAAUGUGAAACCGGAUGAGUUCACCAUAGUUAGUGUUCUCACUGCAUGCGCACAUCUUGGAGCACUUGAGCUUGGAGAGUGGGUGAGGACUUACAUUGACAAGAACUCGAUAAAAUUUGAUCUUUAUCUGGCGAACACUUUGAUAAACAUGUAUUUCAAAUGCGGUGAGGUGGAAAAGGGAGUAUUAAUGUUUAAUUGUAUGCCCCAAAGAGAUAAAUUCACUUGGACGACCGUGAUUGUUGGCCUUGCGGUCAAUGGACAUGGACAAGAAGCUCUAGAUGUUUACUCCCAAAUGUUGAGAUCUUCGGAAAAGCCCGAUGAUGUCACCUAUGUAGGCGUUCUUUGUGCUUGUACUCAUACUGGUAUGGUUGAGGAAGGAUGGAAAUUCUUCACCACCAUGAAAUCACAGUAUGGAAUUGAGCCUAAUGUAACACACUAUGGCUGUUUGGUUGAUCUUCUAGGACGAGCUGGGCGGUUGAAUGAAGCUCUCAAGGUUAUUAAUAAUAUGCCAAUGAAACCAAACUCGGUUGUCUGGGGAGCUCUUCUUGCUGCUUGCAGGGUCCAAAAAGAUGCAGAAAUGGCAGAAAUGGCAGCAAACCAACUUCUUAGGCUAGAACCCACAAAUGGAGCUGUUUAUGUUCUACUGUGCAACACAUAUGCAUCUUGCAAUAAAUGGGAAAAUCUAUGCCAGCUUAGAAGAAGAAUGAUAGACGAGGGGAUCACAAAAACUCCAGGGUGUAGUGUGAUAGAGAUGAAUGGUUUCGUCCAUGAAUUCGUGGGGGGUGAUCAAUCACACCUUCAGCCCAGAGGGAUACAUUCAACAUUGAAUGAGGUAAUCGAACACUUGAAGAAACUUGCUGGGUAUGUUCCUGACACGUCAGAGGUUUCUCUUGACAUUCGAGAGGAGGAUAGAGAGAAGUCUGUUUUAGGGCAUAGUGAGAAGUUGGCUGUUGCAUUUGGGUUAAUGAGUUCUAGUCCUGGAGUCACCAUUCGGAUAGUGAAAAAUCUACGGAUGUGCAUAGAUUGCCAUCGUUUCGCAAAGUUGGUUUCAAAAGUUUAUGAGAGGAAACUAAUAGUAAGAGAUAGGACUCGAUUCCACCAUUUCACAAGCGGCUUAUGCUCUUGUAAAGACUAUUGGUAAUCUCACCCCAUGUGGAGACGUGCCAUUCCUUAACCAUUUCAUGGGUUUGAUCCCUACUUAUGGGAAUGCACGAUGCACCACAUUUCAUGGCCAACAGCGAAGGUAUUGUGCACCUGGAAACAGAAAGUGGUGCUCAGAAGGUUUCGGUGGAGGUUCUGCAACAAUUCUCAAGGAGGGAAAGGUAAUGAAGUGCAUAUAAAGAGGUCUUCUAAGGAAAGCACCUUCUUCUCAUGGAGAGAGAUCAUUGGAAUAGCUACCCAUCCCAAGUUCAGUAAAAACUCUCUGUGAAUAAAGUGGAAGAGUAUCAACCCUUUUCAGAAAUACCCUCUGACUCUCUUAUGGGAAAAUCUGGGUAGAGUUUCCAUUAAGACGUGUUUAACUUGUAAGCUUGUUUGCAAACAAUGGCAUCAUAUUGUGAACAGUCCAGAAUUCUCUUCUUUUCGCCGCAAUUGCAAACCCUCCCGGUUUAUGAUCUUGUUUCAUGGCAACUCAAGCGCCGGUUGGGGGUUUGAUUUCGGUUUGGUUGAGCUUGAACAGGUCUACUCAUUGGCUUUGGGUGGUUGUUUCCUGAACAGGUCUACUCAUUGGCUUGAUCACAAUUAUAUACGCUCAUUUCAUUUCGGCAAGGAAAAGUUUUUGCGAAUCUCAUUAUCCGAUGGUGUCAACAUUGGAUCCUAUAAGAAGACGAAUAAGAUGUUGAGCAUUUUCGACUCUUGCCUAUGUUUGGGGUGUUGAGGUUAUUCUAUUAUAAUUGUAUGCCUUGGCAUAUUAGCAAAAGGGAGGACAAAAGAACCAAUGUGUUGAUCAUUUAAAUGGGCAUAAAGUGUAAAUUUUUACUGCCUCAAUCACAUUUUUUAAAGUACUCUGGUCUAUGGAACAUGUAAUGUCUUAGGCCAAGGGGAACUAAGAAAGUACUACCUCAUAC